AUGGAUUGGGCAGUCAAAUCUGCCAGGAAAAAAACAAGGUUUAUUCAGGGAGGCUCCAGGUCGAUUGUAGAGUCUCUGAAUCGGUUUAAUGAGGUACUAACCGAGGGACAAGAUGCUAUAAGCGCCGCGUGUUUGGCAAGCACCAAAUGGCUUGAUAACGAGAUGCUCAAUAUGGGGUUUGGCGCAAAGCAGCACAUUGAUUUGGUAAGUAGCGAGAAAAUCGAUAGUAACGCCAAAAUUGCAUUAGAAGAGUCGACGCCACGAAAAUCAAGCGUUGCCAUUCUACACAGAACGCCUGAAUCAAAGUCCAGCGUCAAAAAAAUACUAUCUAACCCGGUAAACAACAGCGAAGGCCAAGAGAAACUCGAGGACAUCGCUGCUGAAAUAAGCGCUGCCGAAACAAUUACCAAAAAUCAUAGUGGGACCCUUAAGUCAUCGCCUUGGUCACCUUACAAGUCUGAAAGGGCAACACUUGCACGAGAUAUUGCCCCACCCCAAACUUCUACCAAGACUGCAGGUAGCUUGGAAUUAAGACUGAAUAGUGGCAAUAACACUGAAACUUACCAAAAUUUCGGUUCGAGAAAUGAAUCACAAAACGUAUCUCAAUCCCCUUUGCCUACGCAAAGCCACACCGCACCACUGUCGAUCAGCUCAGAGCCUACUACUAUCGGGAAGGCUCGAGGAAAGCAGUUAACUAGUGUAUCUGAAGCUGUCAAAACUGAUAAAUCUUUCCUUCGCGAUCGGUCCCAGAGAAGAUCUAAUAUGUUUGUGCCUUUGCCUGACAAAGACCCCCUAAUACUUCAUUCUACAACAAGUACGUCCUUCCCGCCCAAGGGCAACUCUGGUACAUUGAAAAAACCUGAUGAUGGCUACAGCACUAAGAACCUAGACCUCACGGUCAGCAAUACACAUUCCGCAACCAAAAGUACUAGGCCUACCUUUAAUAAUGUAUUUGAUCGCCUUUCUUCCAAAUCCACCAGGUCCUUUGACAACAAAGCUUCCAGCAGAAGUCCUAUCAGAGAGUCGAAAAAAAUGAAACCGAGCAGGUUAAGUUACAGGGACAUCACCGGCUCUCCGAAGGAACGAAAGUCCCCGAAAGUGGAUCACACUAAUCGUAGCAUUCAAGAAACAUUGAAAAAUAUCUUCGAUUCGCAAAUACCAAUGUUGCCGCAAAGCAAGAAGUCACAUAAUGACCCUGAGAGUGCCUCAAUACCACCUGUAUCUGCAACUAAAAGAAGCUCUCUGAUACCAAAACUAAGUGGUCGCACAGCUGUGUCCCCAAAUUCCACUGUAGGAGGGCUCCUCGGUAAUUUCGGUCAUGGUGCUUCAAAUAACAAUUUUGAAAGCUCGCCUUCCAAGAAAGUUACAAGCUCGUCAUACGCAAGAACGAAAAGGCUCAAUGAAAAUCAUAGUACAACACCCUCUGAACCUUUCAAUGACCUUAAUGCAAAUCACAAGAAAACACGCGUUUCUCGCCACGACAGUUUGAACGGCGAGCUUCCGAUUCCUAACGCUAAUCCACAGAAAGCAAAAGCAUCACAGCCCGACAAGCAAUUAAAUGCUGUAGGACGUAAAAGAAUCUCACUUGUCGACUGUGUGAUGGAGGAAUCGGAUGAUAACAUGCAAGGUAAUAGUUUAAAACCUAAACAAGCACAAGACAGAUUAACCAAAUUUCAACUUCCCCCGCUGGCGGGAUCGGAAAAACAAGAUGUCAAGAAGAAGUUGGAUAAGAGGUUAUCUGAAGUUAUGCGAAGCCAAAAAGAACAUCAGAAAAGACACCAUGAGAUCCUGAAGAGAAAAUCAAAUAUCGAGGAGGACCUAAAAAAGCGAAAGUCGCGUAUAAUACAAGACUGUGACAUAUACAAAACUACGAAAAGCUUUUACUCUGGGUUUGAUAGUGCAGAAAAUAAUAGUGCCAAUAAACCUAGAAAUACCAUUCUCUACGACUUGAACUCCACAGAUCACAGACAAAUGAUUAACGGGGCACAAGAAGAAACAAACGCAGGAGACACUACUCUUCCUGACAUUGACUCUGAUUCGGACGCCGAGGAGAAAUCCAUUUUGGCACCAUGGGCUCAAUCACCAUUCUUACAGGAGCAAUUACUCGCUCAACAAAAUUGGGACCCCGAAAAGAUUUUCGGACCAAUACCACCUUUGCAUACAGACGAAAUUUUCCAAAACUCGAGACUUUCUAAGUUAAAAUCUCGUCAAUCGUUGUCGAGAUCAAUUCAAGGUACAGCUCCUGAGUCGAAAGCUUGGAAUAAUUAG